AUGUCGACAGUUCCACACCCCCCGAGCCUGGUCUUCCGGAACAACCCUGGCCUCGAUGCCCCCAUCACCUUGAAGGUCCUUUUCGAUGGAGUCACUCGCCGGGCCAAGAUGCCGCUCCGGGACAUGGUCCCAAACUCCCUCGAGAGAAAUGUCCGAGCCUUCUUGCAUCUUCCUCUCGACGCCAAGGUCAUGAUGGAGCGGUACUCCGACUCGGCUGCGGCCUAUGUCAUGCUCGACCCUGCGAACGCGUCCGUCUACAAGCAGCUGUAUCGAGCCGCCAAGGCCAAGUCGAAACUCAAGCUCCGCGUCACGAUCCUCAACAGGGAGGAGAGAACGUCUCCCAAGCCCGUCACCGUAGAGGAUGAAGUCGAGGCCGCCCCGGCCGCCGAGGCCCCUGAGUCGGCGACUAUGGAGGCAGAAGUCCCAGCGCUUACGACAGCCACGGCUCCCGACUCCCUGGGUGCUCUUGCCUACGCCACGAGCACGCCUGUCGCCACGACCCUGUCGCCGGACAACAGUACCGAAGCCUGGAACCGGGUAAUGGAGGAGCAGAUCCAGAAGCUCAAGCAAAACAACACAAAUAUCGCCGCUCUAGCCUCGCAGCUGGGCGUCAAGUGUCGCGUUACGGAUUCUGACGAUGCGUCAGCAGCCAUGAACAACUCUUCGGCCACCACCCUGGCUCCCACGCAGUCUGGCGCCCCGGCCUGUGCUUUUGCCGUGUGCUGCAACAGCUGCGACAAGACGAUCCCCGAGGCACACUUUCACUGCUCUACCUGUGAGGACGGCGAUUUCGACCUGUGCCAGUCCUGCGUUGAGCGGGGCAUUACCUGCUACAGCAACGAGCACUGGCUUAUCAAGCGCACCGUCAAGGAUGGUCAGAUCGUGAACAGCACUACCGAGACGAUUGCUCCCAAGCCCAAGGCGGAGACGCAGCAGCCCAAGCCUGCCGAGGAAGAGUUCCCAAGGAGCCUGCCUGUCUCCUGCAGCUACAUCCCCGGCCGGUAUGAACAGCCGCCCAACCCAUGCGUGACGGCUGACCGCUGGGGUUCUCUCGGCAAUAUGCGCACUUGCAACUGCUGCGUUCGAGAACUUCCCGAGAACCAGUUUGUUCACUGCACUACUUGCGAGGACUUUGACCUCUGCCAACCAUGCUUUGCCAGAGACAUCCAUGGCCAUCACCCCAAGCAUGGCUUUGUCCCUGCCGUGCCUGGCACCCUGAUGCCGGAUCACAUCACGGUCAAGAUGGCACCGGGCCGUAACCAGAUGCAUCACGCCAUCUGCGACGGUUGUGACAAGUACAUCACCGGUGUUCGCCACAAGUGCCUCGACUGCCCCGACUGGGACUAUUGCGCAAACUGCAUCAGCAGCGCGCACUUUGUGCACGCGGGCCACCGCUUCGCUCCCAUCUACGAGCCACUGUCCGACAUCCAGGCAUGCUCGGUUGUUCAGCCGGUACAUCUGGGCAUCUGCUGUGAUGGACCUCUUUGCGCGAUGACCCAAGCUUAUCCGUCGUACAUUCGUGGCACCCGUUACAAGUGCGCCGUCUGUCACGACCUUGACUUCUGUGCCAAUUGCGAAGCCAGCCCGUCCAACACCCACAACAAGACGCACCCCCUGAUCCAGUUCAAGACUGCCGUUCGCAACGUGAGCGUCACGACUACCGGUGAGCGCCAGGAUGGCAAGCGCAUGCCGGUCAUGGGCGACCGCAGCACCACCAACUCCCGGGCCACCGAGACUGUCAGUCCCGCUAAGAUCUCCGUCAACACCGUCCAGACCGUUGUGGACGUCAAGCCCGAGCCCGAGCCGAAGCCCGAGCCGGAGGUUAAGGCUGAGCCGGAGGUCAAGGCUGAACCCCAGAUCAAGGAGGAGAAGACAGAAUUGGCUGCAGAGCCGGUACGUGAGGAGGAUCUUCGCGCCGUGUUUGUGCACGACUCCGUCUCUGACGGCACCAUCUUCCCCCCGAACCACGUCUUUGAGCAGACCUGGGUCCUUCGCAAUGAGGGCAAGGUGGCUUGGCCUGCGGGAUGCUCCGUCAAGUUUGUCGGCGGCGACUACAUGGGACACGUCGACUCGGCUCACCCCGCGGGCAUCACGGAGCUCGUUUCCGCCUCGGAGUCGACCGUUUGCUAUGCGCCCCUCCUCCCUGGCCAAGAGUGCUCCUUCACUGUGCUCCUCCGCACCCCCGCUCGUGCCGGCAAGGUCAUCUCUUACUGGCGCCUGACGACCCAGGAUGGCUUCAAGUUUGGCCACCGCCUGUGGUGCGAGGUCAACGUCCGGCCUGAGCCUUCGACCGACGCCCCCAAGGCGGCACCUGCGGCGGUGAAGCAGGAAGAAGACGACGAGGGCACGUCCAAGUCCAGCAGCACCAUGAUUUUCCCGAAGCUCGAGAAGGAGUCUCCCAGCGCUAGCUUCCACGAAGAGACCCAGACUGAGACGGAGACCGAGGCCACAGAGGAAAAGGCCGAGGCUGACGUCGAGGAGGGCUUCGACGAGGAAGAAUGGGAAGCGUCUGAUGAGGGUUUCUUGACCGACGAAGAGUACGAUAUCCUGGACGCGUCUGACGAGGAGUUCCUAGAGGAGCAGCAGAAGAAGCUUCUGAAGAAGUAA